CUCCAUUCUCCCGGCUGGCCGCCCUCUUCUCCCCCCUUCCCUAGUUCUAGUUCCCUGCCCACCUCUCUCGUCUUGCCCUCCAGCUUUGCCUUCCGCUAUAAAAACCCUAGCUUAAACCCCCCGAAUCCCGCCGCUCCCUCUCGCCACCACCACCUCGCCGCGCGAUCCCAUUUCGAAACCGAGAGGGGAGGUGUGCUCGUACUGAGCUCUGCGCGGAGCCUCAACCCUAGGCGGCGUCGGCGACUCGGCGGUUCCGAUGGCGGCCGGGGGCGCCGCCGACGGCGACCAGCGGUGGCUUGUGGAGUGCCUGACGGCCACGCUCGACACCGCGCGCGAUGUCCGCGCCUACGCCGAGGAGUCGCUCCGCCAGGCCUCCCUCCUUCCCGGAUAUGGAGCUGCCCUUACAAAAGUCACAAUCAACAAAGAGAUCCCGUUUGGUUUACGUCAGCUUGCCGCUGUCUUGCUAAAGCAGUUCAUCAAGCAGCAUUGGCAAGAAGAUGAAGAGAAUUUCGUGCCCCCUGUUGUUUCUGCUUCUGAAAAGGUGGUCAUACGGCAGCUCCUGCUUACGUCAUUGGAUGAUUCUCAUGGGAAGAUUCGCACUGCUAUCAGCAUGGCUGUAGCAGCUAUUGGGCAACAAGACUGGCCUGAAGACUGGCCUGAGUUACUUCCCCUUCUCUUAAACUUAAUCACUGACCAAAACAAUGGCAAUGGAGUUCGUGGAGCAUUAAGAUGCCUAGCCCUUUUGUCCGAUGAUCUGGAUGAUACAUGUGUUCCGAAGUUGGUGCCAGAGCUAUUCCCAUCAUUGUAUAGAAUAAUAUCAUCUCCUCAUCUGUAUGAAAAUUCUCUCCGGGCAAAGGCUCUUGCAAUAGUCCAUUCAUGCAUUUCCAUGCUUGGAUCAAUGAGUGGUGUUUAUAAGAGAGAUACUGCCAGUUUAAUGACUUCGAUGCUUGAUCCACUAAUAGAGCAAUUCUCCAUCAUUUUAAAUUCCCCAUUGCAGUCCCAAAAUCCUGAUGACUGGAGCAUGCAGAUGGAGGUGCUGAAAUGUUUACUUCAGCUUGUACAGAACUUUCCCAGGUUGCCUGAAGCUAAAAUUUCUGCCAUUCUACCAUCUCUGUGGCAGACAUUUAUUUCGUCGUUCAAGAUCUAUCACCUAUCAUCCAUUCAAGGUUCAGAGGAUUUAGAUUCUGUUGAUUAUGAUUCUGAUGGCAGUGAAAGAAGUCUCGAGUCCUUUGAGAUUCAGUUAUUUGAACUAUGGACAACAAUUGUGGGUAAUUCUAGAUUAGCAAAGGUUAUUGGGGGGAACAUAAAGGAGCUAGCAUACUAUACUAUAGCCUUUCAACAAAUAACUGAAGAACAGGUGCAAAGCUGGUCUCGUGAUGCUAACCAGUAUGUUGCUGAUGAGGAUGACGUUACUUAUAGCUGUCGUGUGUCUGGGUCUCUUUUGCUGGAAGAGAUAGUAACUGCUUUUGAAGAUUAUGGAAUCAACUCAAUUUUGGAAGCUUCAAAAAUGCGUUUUCAUGAAUCUCAAGAAUUGAAACAAGCGGGUUCUGCUGACUGGUGGAGGCUACAUGAAGCAUCACUUUUUGCUCUAGGUUCACUGUCAGAACAGUUGUGUGAAGCACAGGAUUCUGGUUUCGCAAAAUACAAUGUGCGGGAUUUACUUGAGCAAAUGCUAACUGACAUUAUGGUAACAGGGGUGCAUGAGUAUCCAUUUCUUCACGCACGUGCAUUCUCCAUUGUGGCUAAGUUUUCUUCUGUGAUAAGUAAGGAAGUCAGUGAACAAUAUCUAUGCUAUGCUGCUCGUGCGAUUGCCUCAGAUGUGCCACCCCCAGUUAAAGUUGGCGCUUGCAGGGCACUGGCCCAACUUUUACCGGAAUCUAAUCAGGAUUUGAUUCAGCCCAAUGUUAUGGGCAUACUCUCAUCUCUUGUUGAUCUUCUGCGGCAGGCAUCUGAUGAAACACUGCAUCUUGUUCUAGAAACCCUCCAAUCAGCCAUCAAAUCUGGUGGAGAACAAUCAACUUUAAUUGAGCCCAUCAUUUCCCCUAUCAUACUAGAUGUUUGGGCUCAACACAUUGCUGAUCCAUUCAUCAGUAUUGAUGCUAUAGAAGUGCUAGAGGCCAUCAAGAAUGCUCCUGGAUGCUUACAGCCCCUUGUGUCCCGAAUCCUCCCAACAAUUGGAUCCAUUUUAGGGAAACCCAAGAUCCAGCCGGAUGGACUAGUUGCAGGUUCACUGGACCUGUUGGCGAUGAUACUAAAAAAUGCUCCAACUGUCGUGGUUAAAGCAGUCUUUGACACAUGCUUUGUUUCUACUGUUCAAAUUGUUCUUCAAAGUGAUGACCAUGGAGAAAUGCAGAAUGCGACAGAAUGCUUGGCAGCAUUCAUAUCAGGUGGCCGGCAGGAGUUGCUUGUUUGGGGUGGUGAACAAGGACAUACACUCAAGAUGCUACUUGAUGCAGCUUCAAGGCUCUUAGAUCCAAUGUUGGAAAGUUCAGUAUCACUCUUUGUUGGAAGCUUUGUUUUGCAACUCAUUCUACAAAUGCCUUCGCACUUAUCUGCCCAUAUACCGGAUCUUAUUGCUGCUAUUGUGAGACGAAUGCAAACAAGCAGCAUUGCAGGAUUGAAAAGCUCACUUAUUGUUAUAAUAGCCAGACUAGUACAUCUGAGUGUACCAAAUGUUGAUCAGUUUAUCAAUCUUUUGCUUUCUAUCCCUGCCCAGGGAUAUGGCAAUUCACUUGUUUAUAUUAUGUCAGCAUGGUCAGAGCUACAAGGUGAAAUUCAGGGAGCCUACCAAAUAAAGGUAACUACAACUGCAUUAGCUCUUCUCAUAUCAACUCGUCAUCCUGAGCUAUCUAAGGUUGAAGUUCAAGGUCAUCUUAUUAAGACUAGUACAGGUAUAACCACACGAUCAAAAGCUCGGGUGGCUCCUGAUCAAUGGACCAAGAUUCCACUCCCAGCUAAGAUCUUCUCGCUAUUAGCAGAUACAUUAGCUGAAAUUCAGGAACAAAUCGGUGGUGGUAGUGACGAUGACUGCGAAGAGGAUAGUGACUGGGAGGAAGUGCAUAAUGGUGACACUAGUAUACCUGAUGAUAUCAUAUACUCGGCAUCAGUUCCUUCAAAUGCGAAUCCAUCAGUUGAACAUCUAAAUGCUAUGGCUAAAGUUUUUGAUGAGGACGAGGAUGACAGCUAUGAUGAUGAUCUGACAAAAAAUGACCCUGUUAAUGAGGUGAAGUUAGCAGAUUUUCUGACAAACAUAUUUACCAACCUGUGGGAGAAUGAUCGACCACUGUUUGAGUAUCUUUGCCAGGGCCUAUCUGAUUCACAGAGGUCAGCUGUUGAAAAGGUUUUGAGGAAGUGAUGCGUUUACAUGAUUUCGAGCCUACCUUUUAGGCUAUAUAUUCGUCACACUAGUGAGCGAGUCUUGUAGGCAUUGGCGUGGUUUUCAUGCUUGUUGUAGGUUAUCGGUGUAAAACUGAUCCAGUUCUGAAGCGGGCAUUGCAAGGUUUUGUUAGCGUAGGUUUCUUUAUCUUCUUUGUAUUUAAAAUGUAAAAGAUGUAGCUACCCAUGUGUGCGUUUGUUGUACGGUGGGAUGAUGUUGGUAUCCAUAGCUGGCUUAUCGAAGGGCCGCAAAAUCUCAGAAUUCACAACUUUUGUUCUGCAGACGGGCCUUGUUUCCUCGGCUUUUGUUCA